AAAUAGGCCAUGAAUUAAAAAAGAAGAAGAAGAAGUUGUUUUUAUUUGAUUUAUUUUGUAAUUGUGGGUGAGAGUGUUGAUUGGAUAAGAAUGUGGUUGUUUUUGGCAAAAAACAAGAAUGAUAUUAUUUAUUUGCUUCUAUUAUUAACAAGUGUAGCAAUAGGGCCAUUCUAUAGGACAAUAAAUAAAAUACGGGCGAAGAAAUGGAUUGGUUCUCUCAUUGGUAUUUUAAUAAUCGUGAUUGUAUCAGGUUACAAUGCUAUUCAUCCAUUAUUAUCAGCAUGCCUAGGGGUAAUAUUAAUUAAAUUAACGACAGUAAGGUAAAAAAACAUUUACGUUUAUAAAAUAGCUUUUCCUUCAAUAUAUGUAUUGCAUGUUUAAUAUUUUAUUAUCUAUUUUUUUGCUAUCAUCUUCAAAUGAGUAAAUAUUUUGUUUACAGAUAUUGUCAUGUUUUCACAUUUUUCUUCAUGUUUGCCUACCUAUUUUUCUUCCGGUUGGCAGAUAAAUUUGGUUUACCACUUCCUUCUGGUCAGACAAACCUCAUUCAAAUGAUUAUAGUACUCAGAGUUGUUGGAGUAGCAUUUGAGAUAAAUGGAUCCUGGUUAAUGAUGGGAAAAGCAAAGAAAGAUAAUAAUGAUGACAUUAAGAAAGAGAAAGAUGAUGAUUUUGUUGAGGUAAUUAAUCCAAGUUUAGAAGACUUAUUCCAUUAUUCAUUUAACUACAUUGGUUUGCUGACAGGUCCAUAUUAUAGAUACCGAACUUUUGAUGAUUAUUUCCAUUUACCAUUCAGUAAAUAUGUUGAUUAUACAGGCUUUACUAUCAACACUUUAAAGAUGGUGCCAUUAUAUGUGUCAUUGUAUUUGGCAUUAUCUAAUUUAUGGCCACUAGAAUACAUUUUAACUGAAGACCACAACAACAGAAGUUUCCUAUACAGGAUGAUGUAUCCUUGGGCACUGUUUGCGCAAUUUCGUCAACGCAUUUACUCUGGCAUGACCUUAGCUGAAAGUGUGUGUACCUCAGUUGGUUUUGGAGCAUAUCCAGUAGAAGGACGUAAUAGAACAGGCCAUGGACCAACAGUUGGCUAUUUGAAAUUGAAAAAAAUGUCUAAUGAAGAAGCUAAGAAUGCGCAAUAUGAUUUCAAUACGAUAGAAUCAAUGGAUGUAUGGGGAUGUGAAACCGUAGUGACGCUACGCGACUCCAUGAAGGUUUGGAAUAAAGCGGUCCAGUAUUGGGUCGCGAUGGUGGUUUACAAGAGAUUCCCUAUAAAACCGUUGAAAAUUCAUGCGGCAUUGUUUGUAUCUGUGAUUUGGCAUGGUAUACAUGCAGGGUAUUUCUUCUGCAUUUACUUCUGUCCAUUCUAUGUAAUGGCCGAGGACAUAUAUUACAAGCUUUACUAUAAGAAUGCAACAGGGAUGAAAAAGAAAAUAAUGAGUUUCGUAAUGUGGUUCCUUAGAUCACAUUCGGAGUCUUACCAAGCAGCUGCAUUCCUCCUUUUAACAUUUGACCGCAUCUGGAUUUAUUAUUCAUCCGUGUACCAUUACUGGUAUGGAGUGUGGUUGGUUUUCCUUAUUGUAGGCUUAGUACUAAAUCAGCUCAAUAAGAGUAGUAGGCCAAGAAAAUCUGUUGAUGAACUAACUUCAGAGAAAGUGAAAUAGUAAAAUGUUUGAAUAUAACAUUAAAUUAUAUUGAAAAAUAUUCUUAACGAAAAAUGUAUUAUGAAUCCUCUUUGUCCCUGGCACUCUGGCAUCUCACU